AUGGCAUCGAGAAGACAACCACACAACGAGAAUCUCAUCCACCCCGUCCGGAGGGCAGGCGGUGUUCUUCAUACCUUGUCAUCAGCAAAUAAGAUCAAAUCAACUUCGUCCCAUACAAAGGAGAACAUCCUAACUUCCAAGUCGACUUCAACCUCUAGGAACAUCUUGGAUAAAGAUGUAAGGGAGAGCAAGAAAACCCCAGGAACCGUCAAACUCAGAGAAACAGUCGAUGAUAAGAAGGCUCUCCAAUCAAGUGCAAGACCAUCAGAUCUCAAAGAACCCACUAUCAAACCUUCCAGAACAGCGUUAUCCUCGAAGCCUACCGGACUCCAACCAUCCCACAAUGGUAUAAAGCCUAGGAUAGCCUCGACACCCUCCUUGAAAACCAAGAAACCUUUUACUGUCACUCAAAAUGUUACUCCCUCUCAAGUUAAAAGCGGUAAGCUCAAAAGUACAUUGAACGUAUACACUCCCGGAGCAUCAACGUCAACAACAACCAUCUCAAAGAUCAAAUCGAAAUCGAGAGUGAAAGUUGAGGAGGGGAAGAAAGAUGAUGUCGAUGAAGUCGAAUAUAUGCCUCCAAGUGUGAAAGAGAGGAGAUAUGAAUCGCAUCAUGCGAUUACAGAUCCCCAGAAUGAUGAGUCUUUACAACCUCAUCAACCGGCUUCAAACAUGAACAUGGAUUUAGAUCUGGAUUUGAAUCUAGACACCAGGAUGAAUGAUUUAUGUCCGGUCGAAAUACCUGAAAAUAAUGAUCUAUCUUUUGAAUUUGAGUUACCUCUCAAUCAAGAUGAUUUUCAACUGGAUACCAAUCAUCCACAAAAAGAUGAAUUCCUACUUGAUCUUUAA